AUGUAUAUAUCAGUGACUCGAUCCCACAAGCUCAAUGACCGUGACCAUGCUGGCCUAGCCGAUGGCACCGCUGGUCCCGAAGAGCAUAUCCCCCGCUACUUCGCAAAGAGUGGCCAUGUCGAUGCCGAUCCCAAGAAGACCAAGAAAGAUGGUGGUGGAAAGGGCAAUUGGGGCCGCUCUGGUGACGAAAUGCAGGAUUAUGACUAUAAUUUUACUAACGCCAGACGCCGUUCCAAUAGCAGCACGCAGGGCCUGGCCGAUUUCAAAACCAAGUUCGAAACUAUCGAGCCUGAUCCAGUUUUUGAGGAGGAAGUGCAUGGCCCCGUUGGUGAUAUGGACGGUGUGGAUGGGGACAAGAAGAGCACUGAAAGCAGCACCAGUGGUGUUAGCGAGGCGGAAUCAGAAGUUCAGAAGGCCUAG